CCAUUUUUGUUCUUGGGUUUUGGGCAUUUUUUAUGUUAAUUUCCCCUGAUCUUGUUUUAAUCGCUAUCUCUGUUCCUUCUGCGGCUUCACCUUCCAUCUUCCACCUUCUGUUGUUGAUUUGAUCAAAACUUUCUUUCCCACCUUCUUGACUUAAAAAAAAGAGAUAAAAAAGAUAAGAAAAGAUGAAGAGUUUCCGUACUUCAUCAUCUUCCAAACUUGAUCGAAAGACCAUUGAAAGAAACAGAAGAAUGCAUAUGAAAGGACUUAGCUUCAAGCUUGCCUCUCUCAUCCCUCGCCACUUCAACUCCUCUAAGGAAAUAUCAUCACAGCAAGAUCGAUUGGACCAUGCAGCCAGUUAUAUAAAGGAACUGAAACAAAGAGUGGAAGAACUCAAAGAAAGGAAGCAGCAAGUCAUGAAUAUCCAUGGGAUCAACAAUGAUACCAGAGAAACAACGUCAAUUGGAUCAAACUUGCCAGUUCUUGAGCUGAGGGAUAUGGGUCAUAGCCUGGAGGUCACUUUGAUUACUGAAUUGAACAAGAACUUUAUGUUUAAUGAAGUCAUAAGUGUUCUUACAGAAGAAGGAGCAGAAGUUGUUAAUGCUAGCUUCUCUGUGGUGGGUGAAAAGGUUUUCCACACCAUCCACUCUCAGGCCACUAGCGAGAGAGUAGGAGUAGACACUACAAGGUUAUGUCAAAGACUGAAGGAGUUUGAUAUUUAGUUAAUCUUUUACAGACGAGACCUCUUACCGGUUACUACUGCAACAUCAAUCUUAAGCAAGGAAGGGAUAAGCAUUUCUAGUUUAAUAUUGUGCAAUCUCCAAGUAGUUGUAUUGCAUUGUAAUGACUCUCUCUCUCUACUACUCCUGAA